AUUUAAUAUGGCUUCUUUCCUCAUGACAGUACUAUUCUGUCUAGUCAUAAUCGCAAUAUUCUGUAUGAUUUUAGCAAUGGUUCGGUACUUUGGAGACAGCAAGGAAUCACAUUGGCUGACAAGCAGUAUAUCAACACUGGGAAUCUCCCUCUCUUUGGUGUAUAUAGCGUUCAUUCCAUUCGAUAUCUAUCUGACAAGUAUGGGGCAUGAUAGCUUCCAGAUCCCUUUCUUGUUCAUCAGCAUGAACAUCAAGACUGUUUAUAGCAUUCUGUGCUUAACAAUUGUGAUGUUCUGAAUUGUCAUACUCCCAUUUGGAUAUUUUUACAUUGAGGAAGGAGUCGAUGAAGAUUAUGCAAGCUCAGAUUUCUCUGCUUCAUAUCACAGAGAUUAUAUCGAUGACCUCGAUUAUAGCGAAGAUCUUUCUUAUUGGCAGAAGGUUGUCAGAACCAUUCAGCACACAGCCCUAUUUGUAGUCUGAUGAAUGGUAAUAGUCAUCGGCUGCUAUUUCCUAUUCAGCUAUAAUGCCAAGGUUGAUAUUGAGAGAUCGAAAUGGACAAUUUUUGAGAAUGUUGAGUUAGAUACUUUCGUCAGACUUGCUUUGUCAAUCUUCCUGAUUAUCGGAAGCAACAUAAAGACACUAUACUCAGCUUAUGGACUCUCUGCUUUCACUUUCUUCUUAAUCAAAGGCAAGAAGACCCCUUCUCAAGAGAAGAAAGAGAUCAAGAGAUCUAUUGCUCAGGAAAAAUAUUCUUCAGGCAAAAAGAAGAGGAAGACUCGGAGCGACAUUCGUUUGAUGAAGCAACUUAAGACUGAGGAAAGAAAAUUGAGGCUAGAAUCUACUCAGAUAGAGUACCAGCUACAAAAAUCAGAGCAUAAGGAUAUUUGCUCCAGAAUUUUAUCAAUGAUUUUUGCAUUCUUUAAGCCUUUCAGGAUCACUCUAGGAUUUGUCACAUUAGGAAUGAGCCUGGCUUUGGUAGUCUCACUUGCUUGUGGAAAUUUAAACAGAAUUUUAUACUCAAAAUGUGGAUUUAGCUGUGGUUUUCAAGUUGUCAGUGGAAGUCAUGACGAUACCCACCAAAUUUUAGAUCAAAUGAUCAAUCUAUAUGAUAGCAUAUUUGUCCAAUUAUCAAGAGUAUUCCCUUUGGAUUUGGUAAUAUUCCUCACAGUAUGAACCCACUUCUUCGUUUCAACAUUAUAUGCCAUCUCAAAGAUAGGAAUAAGGUUCCUAUUUAUCAGCAUUUACAGAAUAAAAAGAGAUAGGAGCUACCCACAAGCAAUUUGAUUCAUGUCUCUCUACAUGAUUUUAAUAAUGUUCAGCUUCACUUUUGAUCUAUCAAGCCUCAUGCCUCGGUACCUAAGCUACGCUGCUCAGAGUGGAUCAGUGAAACACAUGAGCAAGAUAUUCCAGUUUAAUACGACAAUAUUGAUUAAAAACUCGAUAUUCUCAAAUAUCACAUUCAUCAUGAGUAACAUGUUCAUUCUGUUCUACAGUGUAUUCUUCUUCUACCAUAUGCUGCACAAUAAGGACUCUCAGUUCAUCAUCAACUGCUGUUGAUGCGCUGAAGAAGAAGAGUACUCUGACGACGACCAGAACGAGACCACAAGUGAUGAAGAACGCAAUGCCAAGGGUAAAGAAAUGGACGAAAUCAGGAAAGCAAACAAGCUUGAUUAUGCUGUACUUUUCGAACAAGAAGCAAUGAGUAUUAAUUAAUUUGGAAAAUCAAUUAUUGGGUGA